GAGGAAGGAAGGAGGGAGUGAGAGAAGGAGAGGGCGAGGGCCGGCGGCGGGAGCGGAUGUCGGGGUCCGGGUGGACGGGUGUGAGCUGAGGCCGAGGAAUGUCCUUGGGAGACUGGCCGAGCGAGUAGCUCCCACCGGCAUGGCAGCCAGAUGGAAGCAGAGCGAGGGGGAGGAGGAGAGGGGAUGGACCGGCCUGCCAUGGGCGCAGGAGACGGUGGUAUACGACCGGGAACAUGACCGGGAGCUGCCGCUGGGUCCUCGUGAGUGCUGGCGAGAUGAGGAGGAGGUGGAUGAGGUGGAGGUGGAGGUUGAGGGGGACGAGGAGCAGCCGCCGGUGGAAGGAGAGGGAGAGGACGAGGACGGGCAAGAUGGCUACCACUGCCAGAUCUGCGGUUUCCACGCCGAGCAGCUUCAGCCCUUCAACGUGCACCUCCACACGGCCCACCCUGCCGUGGUGCUGCAGGAACUCUACGGCCUGCUGGGCCUGAGCGGCAGCCCCGGGCCCGGACUCUUCGGGACUCCCAUCCCCGGCCUGGGAGUCAUCAUCGGGCCCAGCCCCACACAGGGGCCCGAGGCCAGUGGGGGGCAGCAGCCAGCAGCAGCAGGGCUGGACCUGAGGGGAAGGCCGGAGCCAGGCCUAAUUGGAAGGCCCAAUAUCAUCCUGGCACCAGGGCCGGAGUCAGGCCUAACAAACAGGCCCAAUAUCAGACUGACUACAGAGCGAGAACCAAGCCUAACUAGAAGGCCCAGCAUCAACCUGACUGUAGAGCCGGAGUCAGGCCUAAGUGGAAGGCCCAAUAUCAUCCUGGCACCAGGGCCAGAGUCAGGCCUAACAAAUAGGCCCAAUAUCAGCCUGGCUGCAGAGCGAGAAACAAGCCUGACUGGAAGGCCCAAUAUCAGCCUGAUUGCAGAGCCAGAGUCAGGCCUAAGUGGAAGGCCCUAUAUCAUCAGCCUGACACAGGAGCCGGAGCCAAGCCUAACUGGAAGCCUCAAACACAGCCUGACUAGAGGCCCGGACAUCAACCUGAGUGAAGGCCCCAAACCCAGCCUGACCGAAGGCUUCAGGCCCGGCUUGAAGGGAGAGCCGACCCCAGGCCUGGGCCUGACUCGAGGGCCGCAUCCCAGCCUGUCCUCGGGGCCCAGCCCCCCCCUGGGCCUGACGGCAGGCCCAAUGGAGGCAGGCAGUGGAGGGGAGGAGGGGGGGGAGAGGGGCAUGGUGCAGAUCGACCUGACCGGGGAGGAGGAGACCCCCGGGCCCCUGCUCCCGGCAGCCCCCGACCCUCUGGACCCCGAGCUGGACACCGGCGGUCCCCUGGUGGAAUCCUUCAGCCGUUUCCCGUACCCCAGCCCAGAGGAGCUGUCGAGAUGCGGCGUGUCGCUCGGGCUGCCCCCAGAGAGAGUGGGAGUGUGGUUCGCUCAGCAGAGGCUGCGUCACGGCAUCAGCUGGACCCCCGAGGAGGUGAGGGAGGCUCGGGACAAACUCGGCCAUGCGGGAAGGCCCGAGUCUGACAUUGACACUGAAAAUGAGCCCGCAGCCCCCGCCCCCAGGGGCCCUCGCUUCCGCAAGACCCAGGGCCAGCUGGCGGUCCUCAAAAGCAGCUUUGUACGCGGGCCCUACCCCGACCAGGCCGAGACCAGGCGUCUGCAGGCCCGCACGGGCCUAGGCCGGGCUGAGAUCCGCCGCUGGUUCAGCGACUGCCGUUACCAGCGGCGACGGAGCCCGGCGGGCGGGGGGAGGCCGAUCGCCGUCCCGGACCCUCGGGCCCCCGUCCCCGGACGGCCCCGCAAGUCGCAGCAGCAGCUGGCGGUGCUGAAGGCCUUCUUCCUGCGCUGCCGCUGGCCCAGUGGGCAGGACUAUGGGCGGCUGGUGGAGCGCACUGGCCUCGCUAGGCCCGACAUCAUACAGUGGUUCGGCGACACCCGCUACGCCCUCAAGAACGGGCAGCUCAAGUGGGUGCUGAGGGGCCCCGCUGGGUUACCCGGGGACCACAGGGUGGGUCGGGGGGAGGGGGGAGAAUUCGGGGGGGUCCAGGAGGGCAGCCUGACACUCUGACCCCCUGGGGAGUGGGGUGUCCAAACUAGGGCCCCGUGGGGCCAGCCUGACACCUGGAGAGGGAGAACAGGGCCCCCAAGGGGUCCACCUGACCCCUGUGUCCAUACACAAGAUCCAAGGGGUCAGCCUGAUUUUCUGACCCCUGGCGGCUGGGGUGGGGGGAGGUGGUGGGGUGAACAAACAAAGGCCCCCUGGAGUCAGCCUGACCCAGCCCCAACCCGGCCCCCAGCUUGCGUUGGUACUUCACCCCACCCCUGGCGUGUCUGACCGGAAUGUGUGGCAAUUUCCAUUAUUAAAAAAACAACAAAAAAAAUAUUUUUAUAAACCCA